GAAUCGAAGCUCAUGUUCGAAAGAACACAACACACGCCGGCCCUGACUUAGAGACAUCGUAGUGUUGUGCCAAUUGGGGUUUUCAUCCGAGGGCGUAAAGCAAUCUUUCCAUCAUGGAUGAUGAGGCAGAAACCUACAAGCUGUGGAGAAUCCGGAAAACCAUCAUGCAGCUAUGCCAUGAUCGAGGCUACCUGGUUACCCAGGAAGAGUUGGACCAGGAUCUCGAAGGCUUCAAGGAGCAGUUCGGAGACAAGCCUUCAGACAAACACCCGGCUAGGGGGGAUCUUGUUGUUCUAGUCUCUCACAAUGACGACCCUACCGAUCAGAUGUUCGUGUUCUUCCCGGAUGAAGCCAAAAUCGGAAUCAAAACCAUAAAAACCUAUUGUCAGCGUAUGCAGGAAGAGAACAUUUCGAGAGCCAUCAUCGUGGUUCAAGCUGGAAUGACGCCCUCUGCGAGACAAGCUCUAGGUGACAUGGCACCGAAAUAUAUCUUGGAGCAUUUCCUCGAAAGCGAGCUGCUGAUAAACAUUAUCGAGCACGAACUAGUUCCGGAACAUGUCGUUUUGACCCCAGAGGAGAAAACUGAAUUGCUUUCGCGAUACAAGCUCAAAGAGAAUCAUUUGAUGAGGAUCCAAGCCGGCGAUCCAGUCGCUCGAUACUACGGCUUGAAGAGAGGUCAAGUCGUAAAAAUCAUUCGGAACUCCGAAACCGCUGGAAGAUACAUUUCAUAUCGACUCGUUGUGUGAGAAAAAAACACGACUUCCCCUGUAUUUAUGUUAUAAUAAACUCAUGUU